AAAAGCAAAAAUUAAGCCAACCAAAAGAACUGUUCAAAAUCCCUUUUUUUUUUUUUGAAUCUUCAAAAUUCCUUUUUUAUUUAUUCCAUUAGUGUAUGUUAAUCCAUCCAAAAAAGCUACUCACCAUUUACUCAUUUUGCAGCAAGUUUUAUUCAUUUAUUUUUUUGUUGCUCAUCCACCAUAACCCUAACUUACUCUUUCUCUAUCUUUUCACCCAUCUGUUUUCUCUCUCCUCAAAUCUUCAAAACCCAUCCUGAAAAUAGAAAACCCACAUAUAAAAAUGUGUUCUUUGAGCUCAGAAUUCAAACCACCCAACUGGGUUUUAUGGAAGUAAAAAGGGACCCACUUUACAGUUGCUGCAAAUGGGGAAACCAGAUGAAAAUGAUGAAUUUUCUCUCUCCUCAACUGCUAAUGGUGCAAAUGCUGAAGGAACUUCUGGGUCUAAUUCAGAUAGUAGAAAUUGUUUUUGUAGGUUUUUUAAGCUCAGAUGUUUGCUCCCACUUUUGCUUGGAAUUUCAGUCUUUAUUUCUGCUCUUUUUUGGCUUCCUCCCUUCUUGAAUAACACAGAUCAUGGUGAUUUGGAUCUGGAUCCACGUUAUAGAGGUCAUACAAUUGUUGCAAGUUUUAAACUUCUGAGACCAGUGUCCGCUUUGGAAGACUAUGCUCAACCACUCAGAGCUGACCUCUUUGAAGUGUUUGGAGCUGCUAAUUCUAAAGUUUCCAUCUUAUCGAUGGAAAGUUCUGGAUUAAAUUCUUCAAGCGUUGUCUUUGCAAUUGAUCCCGUAUCUAAAAAUUCAAUGUCUUCACUUCAACUGAGUUUAAUUCGAUCAACUUUUGUACUAUUGGUUAUACGACAAACGGAUUUUGAGUUGAACUCAUCUCAUCCUCUUGGGGACCCAUCUUUCUUUGAAGUGUUGAAGUUUCCUGGUGGAAUUACCGUCAUUCCUCCCCAAACUGCAUAUCCUCUGCAAAAAGUUCAAAUUCUUUUUAACUUUACUCUAAAUAACUCUAUUCUCCAAAUACAAGAAAAUUUUGAGGUGUUGCGGAACCAACUUGCACUUGGACUGCAUUUGACGCCUGACGAGAACUUGUACAUUCGCCUGACAAAUUCUAGAGGUUCGACAGUGGCUCCUCCCGCGACUGUUCAGACAUCUGUUGUGCUGAGGGUUGGAGUUCCAUCCCAGCCGAGAUUGAAGCAACUGGCUCAAACCAUUAAAGAUUCGCCUGCUAGAAAUCUUGGUCUUAACAAUACCGUCUUUGGUAAAGUCAAACAAGUUAGCCUCUCGUCAGUUCUCCAACAUUCAUUAGGCGGUGAAGGUAGUCCGACACCUGCUCCCGCGCCUUCUCCUCUUUCUUAUCACCACCACCACCACCACCACCAUCAUCACCAUCACCACCACGACCAUGGAUACCAUGACACUUUACCUCCUGUUAGCUCGCCUUCAUAUCCGCCCAUGGAAGCCCCGGAACCCGUCAAACCUGCUCCUGUGCCUCAGAGUAGGGCACCUCCGCAUGUGAAACACCGUCAUACUUUUCCCUCAUUUGCCCCUGCACCAGCUAAAAGCUAUCUGGCAAGUCCUCCAAGUGCUCAUCCGCCCACCAAAAGCUAUCAUGCGGCUCCUCCUGCCUGUAAGUUUAGAUUCAGGAGUACACAUUUCAGAAAAAGCCCCGAAUACCCUCCUGUUAUUGGGACUGGUCCACCUAGUAUGCCUCCUCGCCAUUCAGUCGCCGCGAGUCCUCAUCCACAAGCUAAACCUCCAUCUCCCAUUGUCCAUCAGAUUUCACCGUCUCGUCCUUUACCCAAUGUUAUCUAUGCCCGUAUUCCUCCUCCAUCAGCAGGUGAGAUGGAUCCAGAACCUCCCGAUAAAAUGCCUUCAAUUGCACCCUCUCCAUCGGCUGGAGGUCGACUUAAAGCUACCUAUUGGAUAUUCUCUCUAUUAGUGGCGCUUUUACUGCAAUGUCGGUAGAACGGUCCCUUACCCUCUCAAUUAAGUAAGUUCUACUCUUGGAAAUUUAACGGAACUUUGUUCGUAGCAUCCAAAACAGAAGAAAGGAAACAAAACCAAAGCUGGCGGAAACUUGUUAUAGUGGGAGCAAUGCAAAAAGAAGGCAUUCCCCGCAUUCGCAUGAGUGAAUAUACGGUGUUGUUUUUGUACAUGUAUAUAUACAAUCGGAAAAAAGUAUUUCGAGUGGCAAGCGGCAUUCUUAGGUCAAAGUCGCAAAAGUGGCGGGCCUCUAAAAAUGAGAAUGCCAUAGCCACUCGCUUGUGUAAUGAAACUAUCUUUUGCAAAAGUGCAAGGUCAAAUUCAGGAAUUAUCGGUCAUCGAAUACAUUUUUGCCUAAAAGUGUUAGUAUUUUUUUUAUUCUUACAGUUCAUUCGAAAACAAUCAGUAAGAUUACGUACAUCUGACCCUCUCAAACCCUACUGAGAGCUACGCCAUACUGGUCUUUACUGGUAUCGGUAGGAGCAUGUAUCCUUGGCGUUUUGACAUCGCAACAAAUCGAACUUUUAGAAUUUGAAUGGACGUUUUACUGGUCUUAAGGAUAGCCUGUCUAAUGUCUAGAUUUGGUGUAUGAAAUUGAAAGUUACAUUUCCUUGAAAGUGACCAUAUUUUGUAAGGUUGCAUUCCAAAUAUUGUUGGGGUUGGUGUUUGAUAGAAAUUAGCUUAUUUCUUGGUGUUUUUAGGGGAACAAAAAACACUUUUCCAAAUUGAGCAUCUUUUAGUUUUCACAUGUUGAUGGCCAACUGGCUUUGCGUGUAUUCUUAUAUUCUUAAGUUGAAAAUUAUUAUUUCUAUUUCUUUUUUCCUUUUUAAUACUCCAUUUGUUUUGACUAACAAUUGUCUAUUUUUACAAGUUUUCGAGUAUCUUUAAGAUGCAGCUUCAUGGAAUACUUUCUAGCAUACCACUACAUUU